AACUUGAACACCUUGAAACAUGAGGGGUGAAACAAGGACUGAGAAGUUUACGUGAUGCACCUGAAAGUCUGAUGACGCUGCACGUCGCCGCUAGGGGGCGUGGUGACAUCAUCGAUAAUGUAAUGCAGCUGAAGGAGACUGAGGGAGUCUCUGAAGUGUUGGGACGGUGGAGAACAGAUGGUCAUGGCAGCGAGCUGACACAAGCUGCUCUGGAAGGGCUGGAGAGAGACUUUACAGGACGAGAAACGGUUCAAACUAACCAAUUAGUGAGGCAGAGCGCGAGGCAUCACCUGCGGGAGCUUCACCUGUUGGAGAAACGACGUCUUUUGCUGCUCUUCUUUCUUGCUGGUCCGUGUGUGAAAGGUUUGCUCACAGCUUUCUGCAGAGAUCAGCGUUUUCAAGUAAGCUGAAGGUCCUGAGAAUCAAUACAAAGGUGUCAGAUAAUGCAGUUUCUUAAGAGUGAACUGAGGCUGAUGGAUCCCAGUCAGCCCGAGGCAUCAUGGACACCUUGGACUACAGAGACGACCUGAGAGUCUCAGCGGGAAGGAUGAAGUGGUGGAGGGAGGUACACAUGUGGAGAGGCAAGGGGCAGCAGAGGAAAGAGGAGGGUGAAGAGCUGGUGGAGGUGCUGCUCCGAGGCAAAGCACCCUGGGGCUUCACCCUGAGGGGAGGCACCGAGCACCGAGAGCCUCUGGUCAUCUCAAAGGUGGAGGAGGGCAGCGUGGCGGCUGCAGUCUGCCUCCAGGCCGGUGAUGAAAUGGUGAGAGUGAACGCCGUUCCCCUCAGCGGCUCUCGUCAGGAGGCCAUCUGCCUGGUGAAGAGCUCUCAUAAGACCUUGACCCUGGUGGUCCGAAGGAAGAAUGAUCCAGGAUCGCGGCCCCAUUCGUGGCACUCAUCCAAGCUGACAGAAGAGGAGUCGGAGCCCGCUAGGAGAGAGGCCACACCAGCGCCAGUCUGGCAGCCAAAACAUGAAGCAAGGCCCAAGGAGUCGUCCACUCAAGGGGACCAGGACACCCAGCAUCCGCUAACGAGCCAGUUCAGCUCAGCCAACAACAUGGAGAGACUGGAACGUCCCUCUCAUCAGUACCCACCUGGUCGUCUUUCCCCAACUAAGUACAUCAGCAACACUGAGCCGCCCUGUGGACCGGGAGGCAAAAGAGACUCCGGCUUCAGUUGUUUCUCUAGUGGCUCCAGCCCUUCUCUUCAUGACGUAAGCACAUCUGGUAGGAAGGGUACCGGCACUGAAAACAUUUUCUUCAAGGGCCUUCAUAGUGAAGGGCCUCAGCAGGCCGAGCGGCCAAGGUACCUGCAGCCCACACUGGGGAAUGGAGGUUGGGAGGGGUCACGGGCUGAGGAGCAGCCUGCCUCGCGGGUCUCCAUUGCAGGGAGACCCACCUCCGGCCCUGUGUGGCAGGUACCAGAGAAGAAGAAGUCCCAGUCCCCUCCUCCCCCACUUCCUCCCCUGCGCAGUGACAGUUUUGCCGCCACAAAGGUGUUCCCUUACUCUGAAGGGCCUAGUGGUCCAGCAAAGACCAAAGGCAGGUCAAUUGAAAAACUGACAGAAAAUAAUGAUCAGAAUGGCCUCAGAGCUCACAGGAGAAAACCUCAGGCCAGACGUAGCUUCAACCCCCUACCCACCAAAGACUUCCUCCAUCCUAACACGGCGGCUGACCACAACCACAACCAGCUGCACCCCAACAAACUCUUCUCCUUAUCCAGCAGUGACAUCAGACAGUCUCAUUACACCCAACCGCCUGCCCACCUGAGACAAUACAGUGACGAAAGUCCCCUCUACCUGAAGACCAGGUCAGCUCCUCCCACCAAGAUUCAGAGUGUAGGAAGCUACUAUCGCAGCCUCCAGGAUCUACCCACAAGAGCCUUCAGCCGCAAACAGGUCCGACACUCCACAGCGUCCAUGGCAAGUUCUGCUGCAAACCCGAAUCUGGAGAACGGGGAGCACAACAGAUACUACAGCCUAGCAAGCAAGCAAGCUGCUGCUUACGCCAGGCAGGGCAAAGCAGAGGGCUGGAGGGGGCAAACAGAGAAACCCCAGUGGAUAAACGGUAAAGAGCCAGGCUUCCCAAGUUCCCUGAAGACGAACUUUAAGGCAAAGUACUCUCUACCUCAGUCCCAGAUACCUUACAGUGAAAAUAAGGAGCGCAAUGCCCAUUCUCAUCCAGGAAAUGGUCUACAUCAUGACCGACAAUCCUCUGAACUUUCUGUUCGAAGCCGCAGCCCAGAGGAUUCUGCAAAGAGAGGGGAAGGACACUCUAAAGACGUGAAAAGGCCCUUUCCAACUCAUCUGAGUAACGAUCAUAAGGUCAACGUUUCAAGGCAGCAAGACCCAUGGGUGCCUCAAGAAGAUCACAGAAUAUCCCCCCUCAAAACCCCACUCCUCCACUCCCUGGCCCAGGAGAGUAGGACUCUGGCUGAGAGGCAACCGGCAGCUAUGACCGCGGGUGUCGUGUCCAGCCAGGAUGCCGGAGACCCCGUGGCCGUCAGCAGUGGAAAAUCAAAUCGGCGGAGCGACCGUUACGCCACCACCCUCCGCAAUGAGAUCCUGCAGAAGCGAGCCCAGCUGCAGAAGAGCCGCAGUGCUGCAACCCUGACAUGCGAAGCGGAGGAUGAGGAGGCAGAGGAGUGGAGAUCCACAAAGACUUCCACGUCUUGUGGUGUGUCCUUCUCCAACACCUAUAAGGAUCACCUGAAAGAGGCACAGGCCAGGGUCCUCCAGGCUACCUCCUUCCAGAGACGGGACCUUGAGCCCCUUGGGCCAGAAGCGGCGGUAGUUAAAAUCUCCAAUGGACGCGUCAGAGGUCGUAAGCGCUUCCCCCUGGCCAAGAGGACGCACUCCUUCUCAGAGCCUGACAAGAUAGACAAAGUAGGAGUGGAGGGAGAACCUCAAGCAGGCUCUUUCGGAGAGCGGAGGAGGUUCUUUGAGGCCAAACCGGCAUUUUCCAGGCCUACACUGAAGUCCAGUCAGGGUACAAACACGAAUGCAGAUCUUGGUGAGACGGGCAAACCCAAAGAGAGAACUCCCCCUGGAGAAUCUGAGGAGGCUAACCCAUCUGCCGAAACCACCAACCGCCUCAGCCCUGGACACAAACAGGUCUUACUGGAGCAGCAGAGGCUCGGGACCUUUGCUGAGUAUCAGGCCACGUGGAACAAACAGAAGAAGUCAGUAGAGGGAAAGACACAAGGGAGGUUUCACUCAGCGGAGAACAUCUUAGAUGCAGAUGCCGAGGAGAAGGCUGCAUGCAUCCAUGAGAGAUCCCGAUCUUCUCCCUCUGCAGACUUCUAUACACAGAAUAUUCCUUCAUCAUGGAGAGACCCUCACAGCCAGCAGAGCAGUUACCCCACCAGAGGAAAAACGGAGAGCAGGCAGCGAUACCAGCCCGACCACAGCCCACAGUCGGCCCCGUCAGUCUCCAGAAAUGAGGGCCCAGUCCCAGGCCUCACUGACCACAGGACCAAACCAGAGACUGCCAAUCCCUCCCACACUGCACACUCCUCAGGCCCUUGCAGCAUUAGCCCCAACCCUGGCUCCCAGCACCCAUCUCAGCUUCCACAAACUAAGGGCCUCCUGCCGCCGCCCAGGCCCCAUUUAGGCCAAGAAACCACAUCCUCCUCCCAGGAAUUCCUCGCUGGCGCCCAGGCAGAUCCGGCAGCGCUCCAGCCUCUGUCCAGCUCCAGCUCUGACACCCAGCACCAUGCUACUGCCCAGAACUCCUCCGCCGGCCCCGCCCCGGCCAGCUCUCCACACCUCAGCAGGACCAGAGCAGACAUGAGCACAGAAGGUGUAGAAAACGAGGAAGAGAAGGAGCAGCCACAGCCACCUUCCUCGUCCUCCUGUACGGCCGCUCUGUCUCUUCCCGCAGAUCAAGCGCGACCUCCCUCGCCACAGUUUGCACCGCUGAGACUCACCGACAACCGCCGGCCGUGUUCGUGCAGGAUGACUCAACGCUCAGGUAAAGAGCUUAGCCAAAGGGCUUCAGGCCUCAUUACUUUGUCAGAAAAUGAUUGGAAGCUCCCAGCUGAGAUGGAUGUGAACAGUCCGGGGAGGAAAGUCCCUGUGAGGAUCGUCCACGCCGAGAGCAGCUCGGAGCGAGAGGGCCGGGCCUACCUGCUUCAGAGCAGCGAGACCGGUAGCGUCGAACCGCCACCCCUCAUCCCCUCCCUGAGCGCCACAGAGCGCCCGGCCUCGUCUCUGUUCAGCGCCUACACCCCCAAGACUGAUCAGGACCAGGCUAAGGCAGCGUCAGUCCCUGAGUCGAGUUCAGCGGGCUCUCGGCACUCAGAGGAAGACGCCAAGAGAGAGGAGCUGGCCAGGGACAUCAUGGGUAAAGACAAGUCCCUGGUGGACAUCUUGGACCAGAGCGGCAGGAUGACCACCAUGGACCUGAUGGAAGGACUCUUCCCAGCAGAGGAGCAGAUCCUCCAGCGCAGGAGGGCCUCCGCUGGCUCCAGGCUGCUCACCUCAUCCCCAAGGAGCACAGACAGGAGGGAGGAGGAGGACCUGUCUGGAUCAGCUGCAGCCUCCCUGGUCCCCAGCUCCUCUUAUUACAACACGUCGGCUCCCAAAGCUGAGCUCCUCAUCAAGAUGAAGGACAUGCAGGAGCAGAUGGAGGAGCAGGACUCUGAAGAUGAACUGGACGUCGACCUCGCCAGUAAAAAGCAAGAGCUGAUCUCCAGCCUGGCAGAGAAGCUAGGGGUGCUGCGGGAAGCUCGGCACAGCCUGCAGGAAGACGUGGAGGACAAUGAGGCUCUGGGCCGUGAGGUGGAGGCCACCGUGCAGCGCCUCUGUCAGCCCAAUCAGCUCGACAAGUUCCGCAUGUUCGUGGGCGACCUGGACAAGGUGGUGAGCCUGCUGCUGUCGCUGUCGGGGCGGCUCGCCCGGGUGGAGAACGCUCUCAACAGCCUGGAGGACGAAGCCCCGCCGGAGGAGAAGAGAACCCUGACAGAGAAGCGCAAGCUGCUGAUGCAACAGCACGAGGACGCCAAGGAGCUGAAGGAGAACCUGGACCGCCGGGAGCGUCUGGUUUCUGGCAUCAUGGAGGCCCACCUGGAAGCGGAGAGCCUGGACGACUACCGCCACUUUGUGAAGAUGAAGUCGGCCCUCAUCAUCGAGCAGCGUAAACUAGAGGACAAGAUCAAGCUGGGCGAGGAGCAGCUGAAGUGCCUGGUGGACAGUCUGCCGCUGGAGCAGAGGCCGCUGCUCUGAUAUAGUUGUCGAAGCUAAGGAGCUUCAGGAAUUGAAUUAGGAACUGAGAUGAGUCAAUUAUACAGAUAAGUGAUUAAAAAAACAAAGACUGCUUCUUUGAGGCCAGAUUUUUGCACAAUGAGUUUUCUCUUUUUUAAGUAUUCCAAAGCCAGAGUAUUUUUGAUUUGCUGAUGUUUCAGACACAACCCCAUGGCGCUUUUUCAAUGUUAUAAUACAUAAGCAUCUAUGUGUGGAGGAAUCAAACACAACCAGCAUUUUAUUUCUGUAAAAACGGGUCACAGUUGGAGGCCUUUUUAACACCAGGUUGAGCGGUAAUUCUCCAGAAAGUGUUUGAUGCUGAAACACUGAUUUUUAGAUAGCGUAAGGCUUAAAUCAUAUUUAAUUGAGCUCUGUAUGUAUUUGCAUUUCAGCGCAGCCUCAGAGAUGAAGAUGGGGACGUGAUGUAAGGUGAACUGACAGUGUUUCCAGUCUCCCUUUUAUUAUUUGUGUUUCUGAAUAGUAGUAUUUAAGGCGCAUCAUGAGCUCCUCCUGCUGGACGUGGCUCAGUUUGUAAUUAAUUAUCAUCACGUGAUGUGUUUUAAGUUUUAAAGUAAUAUUUUCUAGUAAUUUAUUGUAGCUCUUUUGGAAGCCUCUGUGGAGAAAGAGAGGAAAUGUUUCCCCGGUAAUUUAUUUUCACUCAUGACCUACUUUUUGUUUUCUAAUGAAAUGAAGUUUGAUUCCAAAAUGCUAUAAAUCUAUUGUUAGGUUACAGGUUUUUUAAAAAGUGUUUUCAUCUCGUCAACUAUGAUAUUAAGUAAUCUUUCCUGCUUUUACUACAGACCACCUCUUCUUUUUGUGCAGUGUAUCAUUCCCUAAGGGUAAAUAUCACAUUGUCAAAAUAUCUCAUUAUGGAGUGAAACUCUUUGUGCUAGAAUAAGAGGUGAAUCUGAUGACUUUAUUCUCAUAGAGACGAUGCUGACUUGUUCCAGCAGUACAGACGUUGCUACUACUUGUUUUUCUACACGAUAAUACACUGCUAAUAUUCCCUGGAUUGUUUUUCAUUCACACUUGGUGCUUUUAGCUGAAGCUCCCAUCUUAAAAACUAGGAGACUGUCUCAGUACCAGCAGAUUCCUGACAGAUGUACCUUUUUCUACUUCCUGCCUCAGGCAGAGCUGGUGUUUCUGAGGUUAAUCUAAUAGUUUUAGCACUUUACUCUCUGGUUUGGUCCAUACAGGGGCCUCUCUAAAUAUAUAUAUAUAGAUAUAUUUAUUUGAAGACGUGCCUACUGUAGCCUCCCACCACUGUGAAUUUCACGGACUGACACGUGGCUGCGUCCACUUCAUUUAUGCAGUGCACUCUUUCACCAACUUUCAAAGCAAUAAAAUUAUAAAGUUUAGAGAUGCAGUCUUGUUUUUUUAUUAUACCUAAUAAAUUUAUGUCUUGUUACUGCAACAGAUCUCUUUAUCGAGACUUUAUCAAGUCAUAAAUUUACUUUACCUGUCAAUAACCCACUGAAAAACUUAUUUCAAGAAAAUCAAACUUUUAAGGACCCAUUUACAGAUAUUUAAAUUAUAGCCCACCUUGUGUUUAGUUUGUACAUUUCUAAAAGUUUCUACACCAGCUCAGAAAUAAUACAAAGUUAACGUAAGGAAGCUUUGGACUCGUUGGAAAGAGUAUUUUGUACUCUUAUAGCAGUUUUGCCGUGCUUCCAAUUUAUUGUGCUAAGCUAGGCUAAUGAAGCACAUGAGAAUAUUUUUGAAAAUAUUUGCUUUUGAAGACAGUGAAGUGAAUUAAAGAAGAGCAGAUGGUGCACAUUUUAACUUAACUUGAGCAAGUUAAAACAUAGUGUCAUUAUUAGCUCAAUCUGUGGGGACUUUGCUUGGUAACCGCUAACUGCUCCUAAUUACGUGAAAUCUAACACAUUUCCCCUUUAGGAUAAAAAAAAAUUUAAGCAUGUGGGGAUAGUGUCAACACAACAUUGGAACAUGCUAAUACACUCAAUUUCAUAAUCCAAAGAGUAUUACUAAACAACAUCUCAGUUUGAACUGUUUGGGAUGUAAAAUGUUUCCGUACUUUUGGUCAAUCAGAGACUUAACCAGGCUGUUUAAAGUUAAAAUGCUGAUUUUCUAUUGAUGUCUUAAAUGGAGAGAAGUGAUUCUGCAGAAGGAUUGUUGAUAUUUGAACUACCCAAACAAAUUCACCCCUCCCCUCAGUGCUCCAUCCUGAAUCCAGAUCUUGGAGGUUUCUCCAGCGUUAAAACAGCUCACCAAGAUUAACACCGUCUUCACCCUUGUCUUUAACUGUCUUCUCUGUUUAAACUCUUCAGACCUUUUCCUCUUUGGCUCUUUCUCAGCCAUCUGUCCUUCUUCUCAGUGCCUUGAGUCCAGCACGUUCAAAUGUGCUGGUGUAUAGAACUCUCUCUGUCACUGCUCCUGAGCACAAGCACUAACAGCACCUGUUGCAACAGCGUCCACACCAUUUUCUUUGUUUUCCAUUUUCAGAGAGAGAGAGAGAGCGCUUGUAAACAGUGAGGAAAUAUUUGCGGAAUAUAACACAAAGGGUUUUGGAUUACAAUCACCUACUGUCCCUUUAAUAUGCCCACAAUAUACAGACUGAAUGUGUCUCCAAUGUUUACCCGAAACAACGUGUUGGGUUUUAUUGUCUGGUCGCUGCUUUAGAGGGUUUUCUGCCCCGACUUGAAUUAAUUGCUCAUAAUUAUUUACAUGACAGUGAUAUUUCAUGAACAAAGAAACUGUCUUAGAAUCAAACAUUUCCAAGAUGAGACCUUUUCUUUCUGCCUAAAAUCUGGAGACUGUUAUUCAUGCUUUCACAAAUUUUCAGUUAGAUUACUGUAAUUCCCUCUCCCGUCUCCAGCUCAACCUGCUCUACUGCUAGGAUUUUAACUUGAUCACUUGACGCUGAUCCUAGCUUCCAUAGACCAACUAGAUAUUAUUAAUUACCUAAAAAAGCCCUGCGAGGCCUAUAGCCCUAAGUUCUCUAGCAGAUCUUCUCGCGCCCUAUGCCCCUUUCCACUCCCUGAGAUCCUCGGAUCCUGGUUGUUUCAAGGUCCAGAUUUAUACUCGGAGGUUACACAGCCUUUGCAGUUCAGAGUGGAAUGACCUGCAUGAGGAGAUCAGGGCUGCAAACUAUUUUACAUCACUUUCUUUAAUGUUUUGCUGCAAUUUAAUUUCUUUUUAUUUUACUGUAAAGCACUUUGUAGCAGUUCUGAAAGGUGCUAUAUCAAUAAAGUCUAUAAUUAUUAUGA